AUGUGUGAAGCGAGAGAGAGAGAGAGAGAGAGAGAGAGAGCUGGCAGUCUGUUUGCCUUGCAUAACAUACGCUGUAGCUCUCACACGUAGGGCUAGUGAAACAGCGCAGACGAGGGGACUUCCUUUACCCUCGGCCCUCCGAGCAAUUGUCGAAGGAAGUGGAGGAGAGUGAAGGCAAGGGGGGGAAUGUUGGACAUGGAAGAAAACGUAAAUCAGAGGACUGCAUGUGUGACCUGAUAGCAGAGCUAAACCUGGACAAAGGACAGCUUGUCAGUGGGUAGAGUGAGUUACACUCGUAGUGCAGAGAGAAAAAGAGAGAGAGAGAGAGAGUUCUUAAAGGCUUCCCCAUAAAGAAAGGUACAGACCAAUAGCCAUCAGAGAGAGAUGAUUCCACAUGAAGCACAUGGAUCCUUUCAUGACAGGAGUCCUCACAAUGGGCAAGACUAUGGUAAAAGUGGAGCAGAGUAAUAGAACAAUGAAAAUCUGAGUUCUACUGUACACGUAAAACAUCUUGAAAAAGACGAGUAGGUUAAAUUACAGAAAAAGCUCCAAGACCAUGAAGUCUAACCAGGAGCGCUGUAAUGAGUGCCUUCCGCCAAAGAAGCGGGAGAUUUUAGCACUGGAAGAGAAGCAGGUGCUGGUGUCAGCUGCUGUUAGUGAGAGCCAGAGUGGAGAAAAUUUGGCUUGGCUAGCCAGUGUUGCUACCAUGGCUAGCAUGGCCCAUGUCCCCAACAAUGCAGGCCCAUCACAUAGCAACAGUUCUGAGCCUGACAGCCCCCCACCAUCAAAUAAGGCUCUCACUGUGGUGGCAGAGUACCCUCCAACUACUACAUCUGCUGGCUUUUCAUUCUCUUCCAAUAGUUCCACCUACAGAGGAGUCUUGUCUGGGCCUACCGUACUAACAGCAAGUCCUGCGGUUCUCUCCACAAGCCUUCCUCAAACCAUAGGUUCCGUCCAAUACACACAACUUCCCCCCAAUCUCCAGCUCAUAGGGCCCUAUACAAGUUAUAUCUCUUCACAGAUUGUCCCAUCCACAUCCAGUCCAACACAGCCACGGAGAACACCACAAGAGAUCUUGGCCACAACAGCUGUCAUCUCUCAAGCAUCCAGCCUUGAUUCACAGAGUCAUGUGAUUUCAUCUAUACCAAAUGUUUCCCACAGUCAAUGCAUCCAGGUAGAGAGUGCUCCUUUGGGUUUGACAGUUUCUUCCCCUUCUGCCCAACUGCCCCUUCAGAUCCACCCACACUCAGCUGUCCUUGCUCCUCAUGCCCUUGCUCUCACCCCCUCACAAGUGGUACUACACUACACUGACGGCUUCAUUGCAAAGCAGCCAGACUCCCAUCCCAGAGAGGUGCAGAAUGGGGCACUAGGGGAUGUUACAGUCGUCAAGCACAAUACUACAAUGGCCAAAGGGAUCUCUGGCCAGCCAGAAGUUGACCAGAACCACAAGCAAAACCAUAACCUGGGUAUCCAGACUCAAGCUCAGGUUCUGCUGCCAGCAGACUACACCACUAAUGACAGAGCAGGUCUGCAGACUUCGCUGAUGCUGGUAUCCAGUAGCCACCUUGCCGCAAACAGCAACUCGGAGAUCCAAAGUAUCUUGGGUAAAGACCACUCAUCUUUGCACCUUGCUGAGAGAGGAGGGAUCUGCCUAGGCAAGCCAAUGUCCAGAGUGUCCUCUCUUACUUCCUCAGACAGCCAAGUUUCUCCUGCCUCAACAAUUUCCCCCCACACACUCAUCCAGGCUUCUCACAAUGCUCCCCAACAGGAGCUCUCCACCAGCCUUUACUCUGCUACACAGCUCCCAAUUAUAGGCUACAUCACCAGUGCUUCUGGUGGACCUCAGCAAGCAGUAACUGGUUAUCAGAGCAACCUGCCACAGCAUGUGGUGAUCUCAGGCAACCCCUCCUUGCUCAUUCCGGUGAGUGCCACUAACAUCAAUCCAUCUACUGCUGAGCCGGAGGUCACACGCUGUUCUGUCAUCCCCAGUUUAGCUAAUGCAUCAACAGCUCUGCCCCAGACCUUUAUUAAUACAUCCCCACCUGCAGCAGUAGCUUCAGUUCUACCCAAUGGUAAAGACAUCACAGGGUCUGAUGGAGGUCUUGUCCCCUGUGCUGUGCCAAGUCCCACCCAAAUACAGCUGCCUGUUCUUUCAGGCAGUGUAGUGGGAUCUCCAGUCCCAGCUACACCUCCAACAUCCACAAGCCCUCACAGCUCACCAUCAUCACCAACAGCAGGACUUCCUCCAUUCUUCAUGAAGGGCUCUAUUAUCCAGUUGGCAGAUGGCGAAUUGAAACGUGUGGAGGAUCUUCGCACAGAGGACUUUGUGCAAAGUGCUGAGGUUAGUGGAGAACUGAAGAUUGACUCCAGCACUGUAGAGCGCAUAGAGUGCAGCCGCACUCCUAAUGCUGUCAUCAUACAGUUCUCAGUGGGAGAGAACAAAGCCCAGGUGUGUGUCGAGGUUCUGGUGGAAUACCCGUUCUUUGUGUUUGGCCAAGGUUGGUCAUCCUGCUGCCCUGACCGCACCACCCAGUUACUAGCGCUAUCCUGUGCCAAACUCUCUGUGGGUGAUGUCUGUAUCUCUCUCACUCUUAAAAGCCUAAAAAAUAGCAUUCAAAGGAAGGAUAAUUUUUCAGACUCUGUGAUGAAACACAGCCUUUUGAAAGCAACCAAAAACAAUGGGCCUCUUAUGGAAAGACCAACCCAAAUGGAUGAUCUCAAGAAAGGACACAAAAUUCCAUCAGGAGUGGAAAAUAGUAUUGAAGGAAAACUGGUUGAGACUUCCAACACAAAAAAUGUGUUGUCCCUUUCUGAGAAUGGGGCCUCAAAUCCUCAGACACUAGUUAAUCUUCAGAACCAAGCUGAAAAAACAUAUACAUCCAGUGCAGAGAGACCCAUUAGUCGUAAGAGGAGAUGGUCUGCCCCAGAGAAAGGAGAAAUGCGGAAGUCGCGAGAGGACCCUCAGAUUUUACCCAAAUUUUCCUUCAUCCCACAUCAGCUGAAGGUCAGCAUUGAGGGCCGUUCCAGCACAGGUUGUUGAGGAGCUUCUGAACUCCAUAGAGCAGUGGUGGGGAGGUGAUUUCAUACAAAGAAAUACAAAAAUUAGCCUUACUCAAUUAAUUUGAGAAAUCACAUUUAGUUGAUUAACUGGAUACAAUUAGUUUUUGCUUGGUGUUCAAGACAAUGCUUUUGCUUCAACCAAUGAGACUUACUUUCCCCAUCACUGCCAUGGAUUCAAGGAGGGCCAAGGAAGAGCAGAUUUGUUAUUAUUAUUAUUAUUUUUUUUUUUUGGUAUUUUGUUGCUUUCCACUGACAUUCAUAUCCAGGUUACUGUAAUGUUAAGUCAUUUUACACAAGACUGUGUGUGAUCAUUUGAGUGUCAUAUGUAACAUUGAUCCUUACACUUACUUUUUAUAAAUCUGCUGGACAUGACAAUUUUGGGUUGUAUAGCGAAAGGUCAGAUCAUGUUUUUUUUCUCUGCCUGCUACUCAUAUAGUAUCUAAUUUUGUGUACAGAAUCCAUUAAUAAUCAGGGUCCUGACUGGUUAGGGACUGUUACAAGAACUGAUGGCAAAAACUCAACAUUAAAAAAUGUCAUUUGCAUGACUAUGA